AUGUUUAAUAGACAAUUCUUGACAAAAUCGAAUAUAAGAUUAACUCAAUUAACUAGACAAUUAUCAACAAUGCCUCCAGUCAAUCCAAUAAAGAACUUUGAUUAUUUAGUCAUCGGUGGUGGAUCCGGUGGGGUAGCUUCUGCUAGACGUGCAGCCAAGUAUGGUGCUAAAGUAUUAUUAAUUGAAAGUAAAUUCAAGAAAUUGGGAGGUACCUGUGUCAAUGUUGGUUGUGUCCCAAAAAAAGUCAUGUGGUAUGCUUCUGAUAUGGCCCAUAAGAAGGAAGCUUUGUAUUCAUAUGGAUUGAGCAAAGAUCAAGAAGAAGUCAAAUUUGGGGAUUUUGAUUGGUCCUUGAUCAAAGAAAAGAGAGAUGCCUAUGUUACUAGAUUGAAUGGGAUCUAUGAAAAUAACUUGAAACGUGAAAAGGUUGAUUUUGUAUAUGGAUUUGCCCAAUUUCUCAAUGAAAAUGGUGAUGUUGAGGUCACUUUACUGGGGGAACAAGAAUUGCCAUUUUUAGAAGAAGGUAAAUCAUACAACCAAGGUGAAAAGUUGGUUUUCUCUGCUGAUAAGAUUUUAAUUGCUACUGGUGGUACUGCUAUCAUCCCACCUUCUGUUCCAGGAUCUGAUUUGGGUAUAGUUUCUGAUGGUUUCUUUGAAUUGAAGCAACAACCAAAGACUGUUGCCAUUGUUGGUGCUGGUUACAUUGGGGUUGAAUUAUCUGGUGUCUUCCAAUCUUUGGGUACUGAAACUAACUUUAUCAUUAGAGGUGACACUGUCUUGAGAAGUUUUGAUGAAAUUAUCCAAAAAACCGUUACUGAUUACUACGUUGAUAACUUGGGUGUAAAGAUGCACAAGCAAUCAGGUGUUGUCAAAGUUGAAGGUGAAAAGGAUGGAAAGAAACUUGUUCACUUGAAGAACGGCACCGUUCUUGAGGUUGAUGAAUUGAUUUGGACCGUUGGUAGAAAAUCAUUAAUCGACAUUGGUUUGGAUAAAGUUGGUGUUAAGGUCAAUGACAAACUCCAAAUUGUUGCUAAUGAAUACCAAGUCACUGACAAUCCAAAGAUUUUCUCCCUUGGUGAUGUUGUUGGUAAAGUUGAAUUGACUCCUGUUGCUAUUGCUGCUGGUCGUAAAUUAUCCAACAGAUUGUUUGGUGGUGAAAAAUUUGCAAACGACAAAUUGGACUACAACAAUAUCCCUUCGGUUGUUUUCUCCCACCCAGAAGCUGGUUCAAUUGGGUUGUCUACCAAAGAAGCUAUUGCUAAAUAUGGUGAAGAAAAUAUAAAGAUUUACAAUUCUAAAUUCACCGCCAUGUACUAUGCCAUGUACGAUAAUCCAAAAGAAAAAUCACCAACUGUCUAUAGAAUAAUCUGUGCUGGUCCAGAAGAAAAGGUUGUUGGAUUACAUAUUGUUGGUGACUCCAGUGCCGAAAUCUUGCAAGGUUUUGGUGUUGCCAUUAAAAUGGGUGCAACCAAACAAGAUUUCGACAACUGUGUCGCUAUCCACCCAACUUCCGCAGAAGAGUUGGUCACCAUGACAUAA